AUGGUAGAAAUUGAGAACAUGGACGAAGUAUUUGCUGGAUUAUUCUUCGUUCCAGCAAUAAGCGAGGCUACUCCCACAACGAGUACACAACCAAGUCUAGACCCAUUGCCAGAGUCAUUAACAAUACCACAAUAUCCACCUGACGUGAUAAAUAUUGUUCAACAAACCGAAGAAGGAAACAAUGGAUAUGCAUGUCAGCAGCCAUUGAUUGAUUCUUUUGAGUUACCAAAUCAUCUUCAAGAUCAGUUUCUAUCACCACCUGUACCAGAAAAUUACCCGUCGUAUCCGGCGUACCAACAUGGUCCGAUUGGUUCACAUUUCAACAUGUACGAACAGCAGCCACCUCCAAGAAAUUUAACAAACAGAGAAGACGAACAUCUCCCCCCAAGGAUGGUUACAGAUUUGGUUAUGAAUGAUUCUCAACAAAAUCAAAUUUCUAUGAUUCCUCCUCAACCUCGAAUGCUGUCGAGCUCGACUAGGACUUGUCCUCUACAAAAUCAAAAUUCUAUGAUGCCUCCUCCAUCUCAAGUGUCUUCGAGCUCUACUUGGACUCCUCAACAAAAUCAAAUACCUAUGCGUCGUCUUCAAUCUCAAAUGCCAAGGUCUACUACUACUAGGACUCAUCUUUUACAAAAUCAAAUUUCUGUGACCUCUCCACAACUUCAAAUACCAUCGAUUUCUACCAGACAAGUGCUAUUCUGGGGCAUCGAAGAAGAAAUGAUCAAAAUCAAUUUGUGCAUGGAGAAUCAUCAUUGCCUGCCCAAAGAAAGAGGAUCGUCUUGCCAGUAAGCAAUGUUGAUUCAAAUGCAGCCAGUCCUCCCGUUGAACAUAGGCAUCAUGGCAACGCGCAUGAGUUGGUAGGUCAGCCUUUUCCGAGCUUUAGACAACCUCAACAAGAGACUUCUACACAUCCAUGCACAAACUCAUUGACUACUCCCCUACAGACCAGUACUAUUCUGGGGCGUCGAAAAAUAAAUGAUCAAAAUCAGUUUGUGCAUGGAGAAGGAGAACCAUCAUCGGCUGCCCAAAGAAUGAGGAUCCUCUUGCCAAAAAGCAAUGUCGAUUCAAAUGUAGCCAUUCCUGGUGAACAAAGG